AUGGGGAAAGAGUUUGUGCUAGAGACUGACCACCGGCCACUGCAAUGGAUGCAUCGCAUGAGGGACAGUAACGCCCGGAUUACGCGGUGGUAUCUGUCUUUGCAGCCGUAUAAGUUCACUGUCCAGUACAAGGCUGGAAAAGACAAUGUGACUGCCGACUUCUGUCCCGCCUCUACGAGGAGGUUCAAGCUUAAAGAUCUGGACUGUGGCUCUGCUGUUUCUGUAGGAGAGAGAAAGGAGUCCUCAGAGAGAUCUGUGUGGAGGAUCGACUCUGACUGUGUUUAUUCUGGAUCUACUCUGAGCGAGUGUUCAACAUCACAUUCCUCUUCCUCCAUCCUGGAUCUCACCUGCUCAGACACCAGACCUGUCAGGCUGGUGAAUGGGACUAGUCUGUGCUCAGGUAGACUGGAGGUGAAGUCCAACCACUCUAACCAGUCCAACCAGUCCAACCAGUGGUGGUCCUCAGUGUGUGAAGAUGACUUUGACCAGCAGGAUGCAGAGGUGGUCUGUAGGGAGCUUGGCUGUGGGGCUCCUUCAGUCCUCCAGGGGGCGCUCUAUGGAGAAGUGGAGGCUCCAAUGUGGACCAAAGAGUUCCAGUGUGGAGGCCAUGAGUCUGCUCUCCUGGACUGUAGAAGCUCAGGCUCAGAUAGAAACACCUGCUCACCUGGCAAAGCUGUUGGACUCACCUGCUCAGAACCUGUCAGGUUGGUGGGAGGAGACAGUCGCUGUGCAGGAACACUGGAGGUGAAACAUCAAGGAGACUGGAGACCAGUAUAUGACCCUUACUGGAACCUGAAGGCAGCAUCUGUUGCCUGUAGAGAGCUGGACUGUGGCUCUGCUGUUUCUGUAGGAGAGAGAAAGGAGUCCUCAGGAGAUCUGUGUGGUUGA